GCUAUCUCAAUUGCUCUCGUCUACUGCUCUUUGAUUUUAUUUUAUGCCACAUGCCGGUGUCUCCGAGGAAAGGAGAUCAAAGGCGAAACGAGCAAAGCUGGCGUAGGACAUUAAUGACCUGAAAUGAAAUCAAAUGAACCGAAAAAAGAAAACCCAGAUGCCUUGGCACUCGGCGGAGCAGAGGAUUCUCUUGGCAGCAAACAAUUGGAUCGACUGGUGGAUCGGAGGACUUGGCCACCCACUUUGUACGCCUCCCUUCCUUCGCCAUCUGCUUGUGGAUGUGGGUCGUACAUGGCGCCAUUCGUAAUCGGCUACUGUACACGUAGAGCGCAUCUGAGUUGGGCAAGUGGCGGAAGGGCAUCCGUUGAAUCGACUGCAUGUACGAUAUGUAGCAUGAGCGUGAUAAUCCCCUUUGCAUUUGCACCCUGGAUGAGGUGCCAUUCGCUCAUUUCACAGCAGGUUAUUAUGGUUUUCCUCUGCCUGUCCGAGACAUAUGCACUGAGCAAGUACAACGAUAAAGCGAUAAAUGUUUUAUUUCUUGGCGCUGCCAAGAAAUCCUUCGUUCCCUGUACUCCCCUGUGUCCCGCUCGUCUGAUUUGCUCCCUCCCCUGUGUAACAUCGAUUUCUUGGCAAACAGAACCUUAAAAUGCCAAGACUUUCGUCGAUUUUGCUCUCUCUCAAUAAUCAAAUAAUCAUGCUACUGUUACUCACUCAAUCUGCCCCGAAUAUGUUGCGGCAAAGGAACUUAUUCUCAUCCGAGCACCCAGACGGAACUGAAUAUUCCGUUCCCCCGACCCGUUCACUCACUCACGCACGCAUCCAUCCAUCGACGUAUUGAACACUGAUAAAAGUAAAGAAGGCGGAGCUGUGCUUUAGACUACCUAACUAUCUAUCCAAUGUAUUGAACAGAGACAGCGGACAGAUGCGGCAGUGGCGCACAUGCGCCGGCCAUGUGUGCAGGCGGGCGGUGCUGUCUGUUUGUGAAGGAAGGGGGAAAUGUCUGUGAGCUGAGUGGGCGUC